AUGGCUCCCCCUCCACGCCUACGCAUCCUGUCCGUCGGUGGCAAUGCGAUCUCGGCCUUUUUAUCGUGGCGGCUUCAAGCGACGACUUCCUGCGACGUAACGCUGGUCUGGAAAUCUGGUUUCGAAGCCGUAUCUCAAUACGGCGUCUCCUUCAAAUCAAAAGCAUUCGGUAACGAACGGUUCAAGCCCCGUCAUGUUGUCCGCACUCCCGAAGACGCUUCCUCCCGUGAACAAGCCUAUGACUAUGUCAUUCUCUGCGUGAAGGCUCUCCCAGACGUCUACGACUUGGCCUCGGUGAUCGAAUCCGUCGUCACUCCCCAGCACACCUGCAUUCUCAUUAACACCACGAAUACCAUCGGAAUCGAAUCCCAUCUCGAGCAACGAUACCCUACCAACGUUAUUCUUUCUCUGGUUUCCAACGUGGAAAUCUCACAGACGGGCCCCAGCGAGUUUGAGCACCUCAGUUCCAGCGAGAUCGUUGUGGGCGCGACCAGCAAGCAGUCGGUCAUUCCGGCAUCGAUCCAGAACGAUAUGGCCGCUGCAUUGGCCAUGACUCUAGGCUCGGGCCAGGUCGAAUGCAAAGUGUCGGAUAAUAUUAGACAGGAGCAAUUUGAGCGAAUGAUUGGUCCGAUCGCAUUCCAUACCGCAAGCGUCGUUUUCGACACCCCUAAUCCUACACAGCUACUGGAGAAAGUUGGUGUUCGCCAAUUGGUGAACGGCAUUAUCGAGGAGCUUUUGGAGCUGGCCGCCGCGCAUGGCUGCAAAUUCUCGAGCGACUUCCGAGAGAAGACGAUUCAGAAGAUGAUCGCAUCCGACGCCCCCAGCACAAUGUUCCAGGAUUUCCAGGCCCGCCGCCCGAUGGAAGUCGAGACUUUCUUGGGAUCUCCCAUCAAGCUGGCCACCGAAUCCAACGUGCCCGUACCUCGCAUUGAGGCGAUGUACGCUAUGCUCCACCAUGUCAACGUUGUGAACCAGACCAAGCCCCGACCUGGGGAUUCUCCUCCCGCCUCGGUUAUCGGCCAGCCCCCUCCCCGAAUGUCUUCCGCUCCCCCGCACCGACCGCCCGUGAAUGGUGGGAUGCGAGCGAGCCGGACGCACUCGAGUAUGGGAAUGAUACCCGGUGCGCGACGAGGCCCGCCCCCAGGCAUGAUGCCGAGAGGCCGCGGUGGUCCCAUGCCACCCCCUGGAGGCGGUGUUCCUCGUGACCCGUCAUUGGAAGGGCUCGAGGAAUUCAGUCAUCUGGUGGUCUAUGACGGAGAUGAACCUCCAAUGCCACACCCCAAUGGCAACGGUUUCCCCGAGGGCGGAGCUGAUUUGGCAUUGAGGGAGCGUGAGCUAGCUCUGCGUAAGCGUGAGUUGCAUCUUCGCGAACAGGAGAUGGGUAUGGGAAUGGGAAUGGGUAUGCCUAUGCCUCCAGGCAUGCGACGAGGCCCCGGGCCCGGCCCCGGCCCCGGUCCUGGCCAUGGCCCACGACGACCACCUCCACGAGCGGCGCCUUUCGACGAAGAGGACGAAGAUUACUUUGACCCGAUGGAUCACAUGGGCAUCCCCCAUGUGGACCCGGAUCAAGUUGAUAUGAUGAGCAUCACUUCUCGCCGAGCACGAAAGGCCCCGAGCCAGAGCCAAAUCCGCAAGAACCCAGAGCACUUCGCUGGUCCUCCCAUGCCUGGCAGCCGACCAUCCUCAUCAUUCGGUCGUUACUUUGGCCGGAAGAACCGUCCGACUGACCGGGUGAUGCAGGAGAUUCCGAGUCUCCACGACUCCCUUCUAGACAACCCUAUAAUGAGCUACUCAUCCGACAGAUACGGAUCCGUUGACCGCAAUCACUUGAAUGCAGGCUCGCGCGCAAACUCGAUCACGGCCAGCGCGAUGGGUGACUUCGCUCCCCCGCGCCCCUACCCUACGAGUCGGCGAAACAGCCACUCGCCCGCAGCUCCCUUCCCCGGACCCCCGGGUCCUCGCAUGGGUCGCCCCAUGACUGCCCAUGACCCCAAUCUUGGACCUCCUGGUGCCUCUCCCUAUAACGGCCAACCGUCGCCGCCUGGGAAUAUGCGGACACCAGUACCCCGGAACCCGUCUGGCCAAAGCCUCCCGGUUGGACCGCAGCCUGUUGAACAACACUAUGGGGUGAGCAACUCGUUUCCCGCCAAGGGUCCCCCUUUCAAGAACAAGAGUCUGACUGGAAGUGCGAGCGCCAGCGCGGAGAGUGGUGAUAGUGGUGCCAGUGCGAACAUUGAUUCAUCGGCUCACAGCAGUCAGGUCAGCCUUAGUGAACAGCACGUUGCGGCACCCAUCCGCUGA